CACGUAAUGGUGAAAAAUAUCACCAACGAGAGAGCAAUCAUAAGCACAAGCCGAACACGCCGCCCGGUAUCUCUUACACGUCUCCACCAGACCACCACACACAGGCAGACACAGCACGACGACGUCACCAUGUCCAUCGCCCCAGCCGCCUACGACCGCACCGCCGAGCUCCGCGCGCUGGACGCGACCCUCGCCGGCGUCCGCGGCCUCGUCGCCUCUGGCGCAACGCAUGUCCCGCGCAUCUUCCGCCUCCCCGACCCGGAGGAGGAGGAGCACCAGCAGGCUCCUCAAGAACCCCCCUCGGCCACCGUCCCGAUGAUCGACCUCGGCGGCGACCGCGCGGCCGUGGUGGACGCCGUCGGCCGCGCCGCGGCUGAGUGGGGCUUCUUCCAGGUGACGGGCCACGGCGUGCCCAAGGAGGCGAUGACUGCGGCCGUAGCGGCGGUGCGGGCGUUCCACGACGCGGACGGCGGGGAGGGCAGCGACAAGGCGCGGUUCUACUCGCGGGAGCCCGGGAAGGCGGUCAAGUACCACUGCAACUUCGACCUGUACCAGUCACCGGUGGCCAACUGGCGCGACACGCUCUACCUGCGCAUGGCGCCCGACCCGCCGGCCGCCGACGAGCUGCCGGAGAGCUGCCGAGAUGCGCUAUUUGAAUACGCCAAACAAGUGAAGAAUUUGGGAGACAGAUUGUUCGAGGUGCUGUCCGAGGCUCUUGGGCUCAAACCGAGCUACUUAACAGAUAUAGAGUGCAACCAGGGACAGAUUAUACUUGCCCACUACUACCCUCCGUGCCCCCAGCCUGAACUCGCCAUUGGCACAAGCCGGCAUUCCGACUCUGGCUUCCUGACCAUACUUCUGCAAGAUGAAAUAGGCGGCCUGCAGAUCCUCCAUAAGGACCGUUGGGUCGACGUUACACCGAUCCCUGGAGCAUUCAUCAUCAACAUAGCUGAUCUCUUGCAGUUGAUCUCCAAUGACAAGUUCAGUAGCGUGGAGCACAGAGUCGUAGCGAAGAAUGCUGAGCCGAGAGUUUCGAUCGCGUGUUUCUUCAGCACUCAUUUUCAUCCUGCUUCCACGAGAAUGUAUGGUCCAAUCAAGGAGCUGCUGUCCGAGGAGAACCCUCCAUUGUAUAAGGAAACACUUGUGAGAGACUAUAUUUCACGUUACUACUCCGCUGGAUUGGAUGGCAGGAAGAAGACUUCUGAUUUCCGGUUGUGAAGCCUGAGAGAGAAAGAUCGUGCUUCUACCAGAAAGAAGCAAAAAUUUGAACAGUGGCUACUGUAACAAUUUCAGAGACAAGACGAAAUGGUAAUAAGAUGACCUGGUGCAUACCUGUGCUCACAAAAAUAAACGUACAGCAUGUGUACAAUCCUAAUAAGCUGAACAGUAUUCAGUGGUUUGGAGUCUGUAACAGAUGUCUGUGAACUUCAUUUUUUUUUAUCGAGCCUCUUGAACUGUUUAUGUAACUAGAACAUUCGGCGUGCGAUGCGCACCCUAUCGUGUGAACAAUCAAAUACAAGUAAACAGAAGAGCAACAGUACAAUCACUUGUUCCAUCA